AUGGCCCUCAUCGAUCGGGAAACAGAGUUAAAGCUGGCGGAACUUGAAGAGGAGACCUACAUUGAUUACAGUCCACAAAUUGAAGAAGAAGUUAAUAGGUCUCAACUUCAAGUACAAGAUUGGAUAGAAAAUCUUCAAACUACAUUCGAGGUACCACAAAAGGACCAGUUCACCCCCGAUCAUGGUAAAACAGCGGGUCAACUGCACCAGGUAUCGCCAAUACUUGUAGCUACGAAGAACAAAACACAUACGACCACGUCAAAAGGCCCUGUACCACACACGUACAGCUCAAGCAAUGCUGUAGACAUGCUUGCUAUGGCAAUUAAAAACCUCACAAGUGCCACUGCCAAUAAAACCAAUGCCAGUUUACUGAGCCGCAUGUCAACACCAAAAGAUUUACCGGAAUUUGCUGGCGAUCCAAUGGAAUGGCUCCAGUUUAAGCAGGCGUAUGAGGAGUCCACUGAGGUGUGUAAUUUUACGGACAAGGAGAAUUUAUGGAGGCUACGUAAGUGCCUUAAAGGGUCGGCGAAGGAAUCAGUUAGUGCUUUGUUUAUCAGCGCCACGUCACCUGCGAAGGUUAUGUCGACAUUGGAGCUGCUGUAUGGGAACCCUGACUGCAUAAUAUCCCGUAUUAUAAACGACCUUAAAAACUCCCGCCGCUGCACCAGGACUAUCAAAAAGACUGUGUGA